AUGGCGGAGACACGAGCCCCGAAAGUUUCAUGUUACGGAGUAAAUGCAACCCAAGCAUUUUACGAGGCGUUGGAUACGUACGCAGUCAAGGGGAAAUCGGUGCUGGUGAUAGGGAGCCAAAAACCUUGGCUUGAGGCGAUGCUCUUGGCGUUUAAAGCAGGACCGAUCACGACCGUUGAUUUCAACAAACCGGUUGCAGAUUAUCCUGGGUUGAGGCUGUGGAAUAUUGCUGAGCUGGAAGCUACAGAUGAGACCUUUGACGUAGUAGCUUCAUAUUCGUCGCUGGAGCACGAUGGGCUGGGGAGAUAUGGCGAUCCGAUAAACCCGAAUGGGGAUCUGCACAGAAUUAUUAAGAUCAAGGGUCUUCUCAAGCCAGGGGGGAUUUUAUUCCUGGGGUUACCAGUGGGCAAUGACACGCUGGUGUUUAAUGCGCAUCGGGUGUACGGUUUCAUCCGUAUGCCGAUGAUGCUCAAGGGCUGGAAGCUGCUGGACGUGUUUGGGGUGUCGAGGCAGCUUAUAGGGAGAAUCUAA